AUGAUAAGGACAGGGAGCCAACAAAGUGCUGUUAAUUUUCAGCCUCAUAACAACUUUGACAUGGCAGCUACGGAGGAAUUCCUCGACGCGAACUUUGAUGUGGACAUAUACAGAACUGAGGAAGACCACAGUCGCCCGUUUACACAGGGGGACAGGCUGACGCAGAUAGGUCUGGAACUGAUAUCGGUUCGCUCAUUCACCAACUGGCUGGAGCAUCACACGUUCGACAUCGUAGAUAAAGACGAAGCUACCAAGGUAGAGUAUGCCGAGAGGGUGGUGGCAGGUAUAAAGCCGUGGUUCUACCACGUGGUCUUCAACGCGUUGUCGAGAACGAGGCCAAAGGAAGAAAGAAAGCGACUGACAGAUCUCUACUUCGAUAGGAUGAGGGCAUUUGCCCAUGACAACCAGGGCGGCAAGACUAGAAUGCCAUUGGUUGAGACGGUUGUCAGGAAAUGCCUCUAACGGGAAAGUUGAUCUUCAGACCUUGCAUAUAUUGAAAUACUCUCGACAGUAUGAAGAACUCUUAUUCAAAGGCAUGGCCGCUAAACUAUAAACUUGUAUCAAAAGCAUAAUAUCAUAAUCAGUUCCUACAUACCCCCCUCCCCUCCUUUUAUAAAACACCUUUGUAAAUCAUAGAAAUAAAGCCGAUGUGAAUACCA